UCUCUGUCUCCCCCAGUCACUCCCUAUAAUUUCUCUGUCGAUCAGUUUAAACACAAACGUACACACUCACGGAAUGACUCAAUAGAGAUACAAAGUCACAGAAAAACAAGCUAAUUGUAGAGAUGGUGAGAGCCCCUAAUUGUGACAAAAGUGGACUGAGGAAAGGCGCGUGGACACCUGAGGAAGACAGGAAGUUGAUUGCUUAUGUUACUAGGUAUGGCCACUGGAAUUGGAGGCAACUUCCCAAGUUCGCAGGUCUUGCAAGGUGUGGGAAGAGUUGCAGGUUGAGGUGGAUGAACUAUCUAAGGCCCCACAUCAAAAGAGGGGACUAUAGUCAAGAAGAAGAUGAAACUAUUAUCAGACUUCAUGAGAAGCUGGGCAAUAGAUGGUCCGUGAUUGCAUCUCAUUUGCCAGGGAGAACGGAUAACGAGAUAAAGAAUCACUGGCACACAACCCUGAAGAAGCGUUUUGAACCCAAGUCAACCAAAGUCUCUAACUCAAAGAAUCACUCCCCAAUGGAAGACAAGCAACUACAGAGAGAGUCAGAGAACAGUGGUGGUUCCGAUACCUGUCCAUAUUCUCCAAAGCCAUCGUCUAGCGAAUUCUCCUGCAUAACAGGAGAUACUGUAGCUGACAAAAAUCACGAAAAUCUUAUUCUAGAAGAUGACCUUUCUUUUCUGGAUGCAUAUAUAGAGCCCGUGAGUGCAAAUUUCUGGACAGAGCCGUAUAUGACUGACAUUUCCUAUGUCCCUCCUACCGAAGCAGCUGCGCCCUUGGGUUGUGAACUUGAAUACUUUAGUUCUAUGUGCGAUGUAGAAUUUUGGAGCCAGAAUAGUUUGUAUCACGAGGGCUUAUUCUAUUGA